AUGGACAAGACGAAGACGGAACGACGCAGAAGCCUCGGCCAUCCCUCCCUCAUGGAGCGCAGCCUCCAGCGCUCCACGCACGAGGUGAGCCUGAGUUCCUUUUCUUUUCUGUUUUCGGAAAUGGUCCAGUACUCUCUAAAUGCAGCAAAAAAAGGAUACCGCAUGGAGGACAGGCUGCACGAGAUGGGUCUGCGGAUAGGCUACAAAGUGCUGGAGUUGGUGGCUUUUCGCGAAAGAGCAGCAAAAAGAGAAAUUCGAAUUGUUUCUUUUUUGUCUUUUGUUGCUUCUGCUGUUUGGCGCUGCCUCUUUGGCCGCUCCAUGGAGCUGCUGCGCGCCCAAGACACCGAGCUCGAAUACAUGCUAAACGACAAAGAACUCUUAACUAACAAAUUCAUUUCCCCCCCAAGAGAUUUGGGGCAUCUUAACUGCGGCGCUUUUGCUGCUGGCAUCAUCGAGGGCCUUCUCUGCAGCGCAGAAUUCGUCAGGGUGCGGCUGGUGGGGUGGUGCUGCUGCUGCUGCGGGUGUUGGGUUUGUUGCUGCUUAUGUUUCGAUCUUGCUGCAGCAGCAACUGCUGCUGCUGCUGCGUUGCCGUGA